AUGGCUAGUGAUGAACUGACUGUCGAAGAUACGACGCCAAGUAAUGAUUAUUAUGAAAGUACAAGUAGUACGAGUACGCCACCCGUUUAUAACUUCAGAAGAUCGACAAGACAACGAAGCAACCAUUACUACAGAGUAGAAAGAAUUCCUGAAGUUUCUGAAAUUUUUAAUUAUGAAAAAAGUACCCGAUUAGAAGUGUUGAAAUGGUUGAGAAGAAAUGAAGACAACAAUCACGAUGUUAUAUAUAUUAAUUCCGAAUCUAUAACGGCAGAAAAAUUAUAUGAAUUAUGUGACAAACAUAUUUGGUUUUCUUCUGAUCAUAUAAAUGCCUACCUCUCUUAUUUGAAUACGAAAUUUCAUCGUGUAUUUUCUCUUACAUCAUUUUUUUAUACAAAGUUAACAAAAAAUGACGGAUACAAAUAUUCUUCUGUCGAGCAUUGGACAAAAAGAAUUAAAAUUUUUCAAAAAGAUAUUAUCUUUAUUCCAAUUAAUUUAAAUGAGGCACAUUGGAUCUUAGCCGCAAUAUUUAUGAAGGAACAGUUUAGAAUUGCUAUCUUUGAUUCACUAGGGAUGGUAACAACAGAAGAUGCCGUCAUUAUUGGGGGGAAUCUCAUCAAUUGGUUGAAUGACGAAUAUAAUCAUAAAGUUAAGUUGGGUAAGGGAAUUGCGUGUGAAUAUGACUCGAACGUAAUUGAAGAGAUAAAUUUGAACCGUCAAGUUGAUUUUUCGUUGGAUAUAAUGUUUCGAAAUAGAGACCCUCCGCAAGUAGAUGGAAGUUCUUGUGGAGUAUUUGUUUGUAUGUUUGCGAGACUAAUGGCAGAGAAUAUCGAGAGAGAAAUAAUCAUGAAGAUCGCAAAAUGCCGAGAAGCUAGUAUUAAAUUUAGGAAAGUUAUCUAUACAGAUCUAUGGAAAUAUGCAAAAGAAAAUAACCAAGUGGAUACCGAAUCUGAGGAUUAUGAUGAAUACGAAUAA